UUCAUUCAGAAAACAAACCAAACAUAAUAAUAAAAUGUCAAAGAAAGAAUAUUUCGAAAAAUUUCAUGAACAUAUAUUUCCAUUAUUUCAUUAUAAUCGUAUUAUAUUACAAAAAUGGCCAGAUUUUCAUCUGAUCGAAGAUAACAAUUAUGUAAUACCAAAAAUUUUCGAUCAACCAAUUGGACGUCCAUUUUAUCAUGUUAAAAUACCCGGUUUGGUAACAACAUUUGUUGGUUUAACAUUAUUUCUUUAUAUAUUGGAUCCGAAUUGGUGUCAACAAUAUUCAUUUUGGUUGAUAGCAGAAUUUGCACCUAAACAUGGACAAUUAUAUACAUUAACAGUAUCAGUUAUAUGGUCAUUGAUACAUAUGCUGCAAAUGUUUUAUGGAUUUGGUACAAAUUUAUGUGAUUUUAUCUUUCUUAAGAUACUUAAUCUUGAUCCAUCAACAUUAACCGAAACAUUGAAAAAUGAUAUAAAUAAACGUCAUCAUAAUCAUAAACAUCAACAACAUUCAACAGAUCGAUUAAUAUUGAAUAUUAAACAAAGACAACAAUUAAAAUCAUUUGAAAAACGUAUGUUUUUCGGUCUGAAAGUAAUAAGUCAUUUGAUUGCUGCUGUUGGUUAUACAGUAAUGGCAAUACAAAUUACAUUAAAUUCACUAUGGCAAAGAUCAAUUUUUUGGUUAAUUAUUUGGAUAUUCAUCUAUGCUAGUUGGUCAUAUUAUAUUUGUUCUGCAUUAUAUCAAUUUCCAUCAAUAUUCAUUUCGAUAUCAUAUUAUAUUCGAUUGAAACAAAAAUCUUUACAAAAAAGAAUUGAACGUUUAAAUCAAUUAAUAAAAUUAUCAACAAGAUUUAAUCAACAACAAUAUGAAUAUCGUAUAACAAAAUAUUUUAUUCAUUUGAAUGGUAUGCAUUCAUAUAUAAUGAAAGAAAUUGAUGAUAUAAAUAAUCAAACUAAACGUAUAACAACAAUUUUAUUGAUUAGUUUAACAAAUCUUAUUACAUAUCUAACAUUUUUGAUUUUUUUCGCUGAAAUGUUUCCAUUAUAUCGUUUGUUAUUUAUAAUUGUUUAUUCCGAUAUCGAUGAAAAUACCAUUUGGUUUAACAUUAACCAAUAAUGUAGCUAUUACACAGAAUACAUUUACCAACAAUUAAAAAUCAAUGAUGAUUCACGUAUUUCACGUUCAUUCAUACAUCUAAUAAUGCCAUGCAUUAGUAAUGCAAUAUUUAUAUUUGUUGCAAUGUCAUUUGUUUUAUGGAGUGAUGAUUUAGAACGAUAUGCAUUUUUUAAUACAUUGGCAUCAUUUUUUCCGAUUGAUGCGAGAAAAUAUAAUCUUACUGUUAUUACUGUAUGGGCAAUUAUUGUUAUAUUACAAAUGUUUUAUGGUUUAUCAACACGUAUCGAUAAGUAUAGUUUUUUAAAUAUUCUUCAUAUUGAAACAAAUAAAAAUGAAUAUAAAUUAAAUGAACAUUAUCAUCAACAAUGGUUUAUUGUGAUUCGUGAUCGUUUAUUAUCGCUAAAUCGAUGUUUAAUAUUACACACAGAAAAAUAA